AUGGAAUUUAUUCAGGAGAAACUUCUAGCAGCUCAGAGCAGACAGAAGGAGUAUGCAGACCGAAAGGUCAGGAACAUGAAGUUUAUAAAGGAAGAAAAAGUGUCGUUGAAGGUUUCACUCAUAAAGGGUGUGGUGAAAUUUGGUAAGCGAGAUAAGCUCAGUUCGAGUUAUAUUAGGCCAUUUGAAGUUCUUAAGCGUGUUGGAGAGGUGACCUAUAAAUUGUAUUUACCUCCAGGAACCUUUAGCUAUUUUAGACAGAGAGGUUGCAAGUUGAGGUCUAAGGAGAUUGUAUCUGUGAAGGUCCAAUGGAAGAUUGUAUAUGUGAAGGUUCACUGGAAGAUUCGUCGAGUUGAGGAAUCCACUUGGGAGACUGAGGCGGAUAUGCGUGGAAGAUAUCCACAUAUAUUCGUCGAGUCAGCUCACUCCAAGCCCGACCACAUCCAUCUUCUUCCUAGAAAAGCAUCUGCUUCAUCAGGUAGCACAUUUGCUUAA